CCGUGGCAGGAACAACAGAAACAGGGUUGUUGCACAAGAGGGGAGGCGAUAGUCGAGCGGAAAAGUGUGCAGUUGGCGUGGCUUCAUCAUCAUUGUGUUCACCGAUUUUCUACCCAAAAUCAACAAUUAUUUUUGCGCACACUACAUAAAUAGGCGAAACGGAGAGACAAAAAUGGAAAGAACCAAAAAAGAGUGAAUUACUGCAAUUAAGCAGUCGCGAACAACAGUUAAAUCAUAUUCUUGUCGGCCAUUGCAGUCGCGAGCAUCGCCAAAUAAACCGUUGGUUUUCUCUCCCUCUUUACUUUCCACCUCCUUAGACGUUAAUUUUCUUCAGUUAAUCGCGCCGCUGCUUUAAACUCGCACACGCAGUCUCGAAUUUUAGCCGCAACAAAAAAUAAAAUCAUACAACUCUUUUAACUCAAAUAUAAAACAAUUCCAAUUCUUUCAACAGGCAAUCUGUGUUUUUAUGUCAAAUACGUGCGCGUGUGUGUGUGUGCUGUAAUUCCAUCGCCACUUUUGAUUCGGAGUUCCUUAGGAACAGCACUAUUAGUUCGCAUUUUCUACCAGUAGCCUAGUCCCUUUUCAAGUGAAAUAGGAUACUCAAACACCACAUACUCAAUAAAUAGUUACAACACCCACUCAACCACACAUCAAGUUUAACGAGUUUUUUGUAUCAUCAUUACUUAGUUUUUUGGUUAAUAAUACACAAGUGAACAGCGAACUGCAAGGGAGCGAGAUAUCAAGAAACAAUCCAAAAUCCACACACACUCGAACAAAAAUCAAAAGCUUCGCUCUCUCGCACACACACGCACCAACCACCACCACCACCACCUCAACUAUCACAAACACAACGACAGAGAGAGAGAGAGAGAGAGAGCGGCAAGUGAAUCACGUCGAAUCGAAACCGAUCCGAAUCCACUCCGGAGCCGAAAAAGAACUGAUCCUACCAUCAAACGCAUCCAAUAAACACGGCCGCCAACAUGCAGAGCGACUUUCACAGAAUGAAGAACUUUGCCAAUCCCAAGUCCAUGUUCAAAACCAGCGCCCCCAGUAGUGAGCAGGGUCGUCCGGAACCACCCACUUCGGCCGCAGCGCCCGCCAAGGCCGAGGCUAAGGAUAUCAAGCCCAAGGAGGACGCCCAGGAGGCUGGUGAACCAGCAGCAAACACUGCAAACACCAACGCUCCCGCCGGCGACGAUGCUGUGCGCACCGAGCACCUGUUCAAACACCCGCUCAUGAACGUCUGGACGCUGUGGUACCUUGAAAACGAUCGGUCCAAGUCCUGGGAGGACAUGCAAAACGAGAUCACCAGCUUCGAUACCGUCGAGGACUUCUGGAGCCUUUACAAUCACAUCAAGCCCCCAUCAGAGAUCAAGGUGGGCAGUGACUACUCGCUGUUCAAGAAAAACAUUCGUCCGAUGUGGGAAGAUGCAGCCAACAAACAGGGCGGUCGUUGGGUUAUUACCCUUAACAAAACCUCCAAGAGCGAUCUGGAUAACCUAUGGCUAGAUGUGCUGUUGUGCCUGAUUGGCGAGGCCUUCGAUCACUCCGAUCAGAUCUGCGGGGCUGUUGUAAACAUUCGCGGCAAGAACAACAAGAUAUCCAUCUGGACUGCCAACGGAAACAACGAGGAGGCUGCCCUUGAGAUUGGUCACAAGCUGCGCGAUGCACUGCGUCUGGGACGCAACAAUUCGCUGCAGUAUCAGUUGCACAAGGACACGAUGGUCAAGCAGGGCUCGAACGUGAAAUCAAUCUACACUUUGUAGGCUGUCUAGCCUCGCUCCACAAUCGAUCCGAUCCCUCACAGAUUAGUUUGUGUUACCUUUAUUUAUCGUUAUAAGCAGCAGUAGCGAUUGAUCGAUCGUAACUCUUGUCCAAGACCCGCGUAACGAAACCGAAACAGACCCUUUUGUUAUCAAAAAUCGGCAUAAUAUCAAAUUUAUCCGCUUUUUGUAGUCAUUGUCAAUAAUGGAUUUAACGGAAAAGUAUAAUAAUAAAUACCUACAUUAAAAUCGGAUACUGAGA